UCGGAUGCUGUCUGACAAAGUUAUGGUGCGACAGGCGGUUGUGGUUAACCACUCACAAUCCUGCUGCAUCUCUGUACUGUCGGGAACUGUACAGGAGAGGAGAAACAUUCCCGAUGGAGUAACACUUCCAAACAGUAUUCUACGAGCGCGGUAAUUUUGGACUGGAUUGAAAUCUUCCAAACAUCCCAGUUCUCACUGAUAUUAUAAUAUCCACGGAUUAAUCUACGGUAAGCGUCAUCCUUUCGGGAAAGACAGUAUUUGCGCAGUAUGCUGCGAUGGAAUAUACUGAGGCGGAAGGGGAUCGCUGGGAUUUCCAUAAGUUUGACUCGCGGUAGAUAACUUGGAUUCGGAAUCGCGCGUCUUCGGCUCUGUUUGUGACUUGAUGUGUAAUUUUAGGACGUAAAAUGGAUUCUUUCUGUUCGAGCGGAUGUUUAUGAUGAGAUUUUUUGUUUUGAGGGGAAUUGAAAGAUAUGGUCAGUGGUCAGUCAGGAGAGACUGAAGAUUUCCCGCGCCAGCUCUGCGGUGGAGGACUACAGGCGGGCGCUCGUGGAAGAACCGAACCAUCUGAAGAGAGCGCGUGCCAUGCCGUUUCAGGUCUCGAGCGGUAAAAAGCUGUAAAACCUGUGGCCAGGAGUUGACUGAGACGCGGUGAUGGGCUUUGCCAUGAGGCACCGCUGGUUCAUGGUGCCACUGCUAAUGCAGGCAUGGCUGUCUGCCACCCCUUGCUUUGGUGAGCGCCCUUGCCCUCGGAGCUGUCGAUGCGAUGGCAAAAUUGUAUACUGUGAGUCUAGCGCAUUCCGUGAUGUUCCCAAGAACCUCUCAGGCGGCUGUCAAGGACUGUCCCUGCGGUAUAACAGCUUAGCAAGCCUGAAGGCUGGCCAAUUUGUUGGCCUCAACCAGCUCAUUUGGCUGUACCUGGACCACAACUACAUUGCCAAUGUGGAUGCACGUGCUUUUCAAGGGAUACGGAGGCUUAAAGAGCUAAUAUUGAGCUCCAACAAGAUAACACUGCUUCAUAACACCACAUUUCACCUGGUACCAAACUUGAGGAACCUGGACCUUUCCUAUAACAAGCUACAAGCUCUACAACCAGGGCAGUUCCAGGGACUGCGCAAGCUACUCAGCUUGCACAUGCGCUCCAACUCCCUGAAGAAUCUUCCCUCGCGCCUUUUUCAAGACUGCCGUAAUCUUGAAUUCCUUGAUCUUGGCUAUAACCGACUGCGCAGCAUUACUCGCAAUUCAAUGUCUGGCCUGAUGAAGUUAACUGAGCUGCAUAUUGAGCAUAACCAGUUCUCCAAAAUCAACUUUUUCAACUUCCCACGCUUCUAUAACUUGCGUGCUCUUUACCUACAGUGGAACCGCAUUAGGACCAUGAGUGAAGGCCUUACAUGGACCUGGACAUCAUUGCAGAAGCUAGACCUUUCAGGAAAUGACCUUCAGGAGAUCGAUGCAGAGGUGUACCGGGCCAUGCCGAAUCUGCAGACGCUUAACCUGGAUUCAAACAAGCUUGUCAAUGUGUCUCAAGAAGCUGUAGAUGCCUGGACCUCUCUGACAGCAAUUAGUCUGGCAGGCAACAUGUGGGACUGUGGACCAGUUGUGUGCCCACUCGUGGCCUGGCUAAGAAUCUUCCGUGGAAACAAAGAAAUUAAUAUGAUUUGCGCAUCACCCAAAGAAGUCCAAGGGGAGAAGGUUAUGGAUGCCGUUGACGCCAGUGGUGUUUGUAGGGUUGCCCCUGCUAUGCCGUCAACUGUAAUUGUUCCCUCUACCCCUUUUGUCGCCUUUGCCCAGACCCCAGCCAGCUCUUUCAUCCCGACUCUAAAAUCUGGAGACAGCAGAAGGGGCCAAGGGACAUCCUUGGAAGGUACCACCUCUUCUGCACCUUCUCAGCCUGCUGUCCCACCACCUGAGCAAGACUUUGAACCUGUAUCAUUCCACAAGAUAGUGGCAGGAAGUGUUGCCCUCUUCCUGUCGGUUGCCAUGAUUCUCCUCGUAAUUUAUGUGUCAUGGAAGCGCUAUCCAAGCAGUGUUAAGCAGCUCCAGGAAAACUCAGCUGCUGCUCGCAAGCGGCGGAAAAAAUCACGGGAGACAGAACGCACACUCAGCACACCAUUGCAGGAGUACUAUGUGGACUACAAGCCUAAUAACACAGAGGGCACGGAUGUGCUGGUCAAUGGUACCGGGCCAUGCACCUAUACCAUCUCUGGCUCCAGAGAAUGUGAGGUCCCUCACCAGAUGAGCACUCUGACCUUCUACAGGUACGAGCAGCCCAUAGUGGACUACUGCCAGGCUCAUCAGCCCCUGCGGCUCAACAUGAGCUACGAGGGUCCGCCACAAAGCCUGGAAGGACUGGAAGAGCUUCCCCCCCGCGAGAGGAGCACCAUCCAGACUGUGGCCCUUCCUGCAGUGCCCACCAUCAACACGGGCACCACGGGACCCUGCUCCCCGCCCGGCCAGAGAGCACCCAUGGAGGGGCCCAGCAUCCCCUACCCCACCACAGAACGCUCCAUUAACUAUCCAACAACAGAACGUUCCACCAGCACCCUCACUUUUAGACGCUAACGGCUCCGCUCGCAAAGCAAGGCAUGAUGGGUAAUUUCAAAAGAGGAUGUGCCUGGGCGGCGAUCCACAUUCUGCCGGCAUUAACGCAGCGGCACGUCCGAAAACUGUGCGUACUGCUGCGCGCUAACUGUUUCUCUCGAAUAUAGAGAAGUGAAAAACAUUCCCACAACAUCGCUGGAGGACAUGAGGAUCUGGCAUACGGUACACUUUCAUUGUGGAGUGUAGUGUAUCCUGGAAAAUGGGAUUCCAUUCGUCUUUUUCCAUCUUUUCUUUGUUCCGACUCAAAGGCCCGUACACGUUUUGUUGUCCCCGUUCUGCUCAAUGGCAAAUUGAAAUCCAAUGCAACAUGCAUGAGACGUUAAACGUGGCUUUGGUUUCAUUCAGCCCGCGCUCCGUACCGACGCUACAGGACGCCUUCUCUGAGGAGUAGAUAAUGGUGAUUCUCUCAUGCUGAGUGAAGAAUGAAUAGGAAUGUGCAAUAAACAAGGUUUUUUUUUUUUUUUACGCGGGAGAGAGUGUGAGAACGAGAGAAUGAAAAGAAACAAAUUAAUGUUCACCAGAGCUCAAAGGCCUCUCGCUGUUAUUUUCAUUUAGUUGCCAGGGAGCGCUCAUAAAUGCUGUCAUUAUUUGAUUAAAAAGACAGAUCUGUCCAGACAUGAGCAUGUCAGAUGGAAGAUCUCUUGAGUAUAAAAAAAAGCAUUCAUUAAAAGUGAAAUGAAGUCUCACGGGGCAAGGUCUUUUAGCGUGCACAUGUACCAAAGAUCAAGCUUCUUUAGAUGUACAUAUAGCUUGUGUUUCUUUUCAAAAUGUAAUCAGACUAAUCAGUAGUAUGUGUCUAAUGCAUACUGUAAUGUGCGGGCCGCCGGAGUUUGACUAAUUUUCAAUUCUGUAGAAUUCAAUACGGAAAUGCAGAGUGAAAAGCAUCCAGCUCAGUGUUUGAACGCUACAUGUUAACUAGAUAGAGUAUGUGUGUGUUUGCUUGUGAGUGUGUAUGUGUUUUUUAAGUUUAAAAGCUGAAGUGUGUAAUUUCUGAACCCAGUGGUUUCCCUUAUCUGCCAUUGGUCAGACAAACGGAAAGUCAUGCCCCCGAACUUACGCCAUUGGUUGAGCCAGUGUUGCUAUGUUGGCUUGUCAAAGUGUUUAAUCAAACAAUGUUUUGAUAGUGCCACAGUGUUUACAUGUGUCUUCAAAGCCAACCGCUUGUUCAUACUCGUUAUUCAAUACUAGUUGUCUCUGCUUUUCGCUAAAACGCCAAAAAAAUUACACACUUCAGCUUCAAGAGGGAGGAAUCAAAAGAGGGCGGAGCAAACGUCCCUCACUCGGUUAGCAUGUUGGAGUUGCCAUACAGUGGCGGAAAUAUCUUCCUCGCAAGUAUGCAAGGCAUCGCAAGCGCACACAAACCUCCAGGUGGGCGGUUUUAUGCUGGGCGUGAGAUUGCAGAGGUGACUAGCUGUAUGUCAUUGAGGAGUGUGUACUAACUCGCUCAGCAAUAUUUUCCUCAAACUGUUGCUAUUCUAUGACAGUAAUUGACCUAAAUGAAAAAAACCGAGAAUGCUGACAAUCCGACGCAUACUUGAGUUUCUGGCAGAGGACAAUGUGUGAAAUGGAGCUUGGCUGGGAACGCUUGCAUGCUUGUGUGGAACAUGUUUCUGACCAAAACUUAUCUUUCUAACCCAUUUUCAAGUGGCUUUCCGAUGAUCUAACAAUAUCAAAGCCUGGUUCAAUAUUAAGUAUUAAAGAGCUGAAUAAAACAUUAUUUUCUUAGGUUGAGUUCAGAAAGAGGUGGUCAGUCACCUCAGGUCAUGGAGCGUUAACCAAGAAAUUUUCUGACUCCUGAUGUCGCUCAACAAAGUAGCCACACGGAUGAAAUAAAAGCAAGACUUA